AUGUGGUCCUUGGUCUGGCAGGUUUAUGGAAAAAGUUAUCCUACCGAAUAUCAUGGGAUCGAUAAAGAAGAAUUAGACCUGAUUCUAGGAAGCAACCGGAUUAGGAAUGUUGGGGAUGUGACAUAUCAUAGAAUCCAAUCUGCUGAUUUAAACGAGGACGGGAACGCAAGAGAUGAUUCGAUUGAAAUAAGCGAUACCCACUCAAUUGCAGAAGAUAAUGAUCUAAACGUGGAGGCACCGACACCUUUAUCAAGAUCCGUGGUGGACUCCUCUAAUCCAAAACGGAUUCCGUGGAGACGGAUCCUUUCUCGUCGCGAAGUGUGGGCCAUACUCAUACCGCAGUUCUGUAACUCCUGGGGUUACUACAUUAUGCUCAAUUGGUUACCCACCUAUUAUAUGGAUCACUUUGGGAUCGAUAUUACUAAAUUGGGCUAUUUUGCUGUCUUGCCUUACGCGAUCCAGGGAGCAUUAGGGUUUAUCGUUGGCAUAAUUGGGGAUCACAUGAUAUAUAAAAUGAACUUUCGCGUAGUAAUCAUUCGGAAGUCCGCUCAAGUGAUCGGUAGUCUCAGUACAGCUUCAUCUCUUUUAAUGGCAGUAUAUUUGGCAAAAACGCCAACGCAAGGGAUAGCGUUAAUAACCGUUGGCCUUGGGUUAAACGCUUUCACCGUUGGGGGAGUGUCCGUCUCUCAGCUGGAUAUCGCACCUCGUUAUGCCGGAAUCAUUUUUGGAUUAGGCAACAUGUUAGCGACAGUGCCGGGCAUCCUCGGUGUUGCGUUGACCGGAUGGAUCUUGGAUGUUACAGGACGUCAAUGGAAUGUCAUAUGGACGGCGGCGUCCGUCAUGUAUUUCAUUGGAACUUCCGUGUAUGUCGCUUGGAUGGGUGACAAAGUUGUUAUUGAAUAA